GCCAGAGCUGGAGAUGAAGAGAGGGAGGUGACAUCUGUGAGGAUGUUGCCCUGCAUGAAGGAGGAGUUUGGUGCAACCCAGGUCAUUUGUAUCAGAGGAUUUACUGACAGGAGGUGCCAGGGUGAACAUUUUAUUGACCUCAUUUACCAGCCUCUGAAUUAAGCUCUUAGGUGGCACGUAGAAAAGCCUACAGACAAUGUAGAUUAAGGAAAUGCAGGAGCCUGUUCUUAUGGUGAAUGAACCUAGCUUCGUUUAGAAAUGUGCCUGUGCAGAAAAACAUCUGUGUUGGAGCUGUGUCUGUAGUUGUAAAGUAUUUUAAAAACGUUUUGAUAGAAAGCGUCAUUUGAUUUUCCUUUUCCUUUCCAGUUUUUUGAAUGGGUAGACUCUGAUUUACUUAAAGUCUGUGCUGCUUGACCCUUGCUCAGACAAGCAAUCCAGUGGAUUUUGUAUUUAUUUUUUUUAUAUACAAGAAUUUCCAGCAGUUGCCUUUGGGAAAAAGUUUGGGGUUUUUUUCUUUAUUUAAGCUUACUGAAGAGAUCUCUGUGUUCAAUUACCUAAAUUAUUGGUGCUUUAUAGUGCAGUGCCUGCAAUCAUGUGGAAUACCUGUAUAUACACAGAAGGUAUAGGCAGGUAAAUCCUCUUGGGUUUUGCUCUUGUGUGCACUAAGCAGCUCAGCUUCAGGCACUGAUUCCCUUCUGCUUUUCCACCUCUGGGGCUGAAGCAUGGGGUGUGCAACUCUAAAGAUCCCAGCAGGUCAGGAAACUAAAUUGCUGUGAGGAGCUGGUGUUUAUGUACGUGGGGAAUGAGGGAGACUGAACAUAACCUCUUGGAAGGAUGAAAAGAAAUGUCAUUUUGAAGGUUCAGCAUAAUUCAGCACAUGUCCUUGUAGACAUAGGAAUAAAUGUUACAUGCAUUUGGAGUGAUCCCUGUGUCAGGCCUUAGAGGUCAUUUUGCCCAGCCUCCUCCUGCCUCAGACAGAAAAUUUCCCUGUCCUCAGUUGUAGCUGCAAAGGAGACGUGCUGCAAACUUUUCUCAAUGACUCUCUAGCCAACUGAUGUAACAAUGGUACUAAUAUUGGGACGCAGACUGAAUAGAGAGGAGAGUGGGAUACGAGAUUCCCCUGCAACCAAGAGGAAAGUCUUUGAAAUGGACCCAAAGUCAUUGACAGGCCCCGAGUUCUUCGACUUCUCCUCAGGAUCAUCCCAUGCUGAAAGCAUUCUGCAGAUCUUCAAUGAAUUCCGAGACAGCAGGUUGUUCACCGAUGUCAUCAUCUGUGUGGAAGGGAGGGAGUUCCCCUGCCAUCGAGCGGUGCUCUCAGCCUGCAGUAGCUACUUUAGAGCCAUGUUUUGUAACGACCACAGGGAAAGCAGAGAGAUGUUGGUGGAGAUCAAUGGCAUUUUUGCUGAAGCCAUGGAUUGCUUUCUACAGUACGUAUAUACUGGCAAGGUGAAAAUCACCACAGAGAACGUGCAGUACCUGUUUGAAACAUCGAGCCUCUUCCAGAUCAGCGUCCUACGUGAUGCCUGUGCCAAGUUCCUGGAGGAGCAGCUGGAUCCUUGUAAUUGCCUGGGAAUCCAGCGCUUUGCUGACACGCACUCGCUGAAGACCCUCUUCACGAAGUGCAGGAAUUUUGCCUUGCAGACGUUUGAGGAUGUGUCCCAGCACGAAGAAUUCCUUGAGCUGGGGAAGGACGAGCUCAUUGAUUACAUCUGCAGUGAUGAGCUGGUGAUCAGUAAGGAAGAGAUGGUGUUUGAAGCCGUCAUGCGCUGGGUGUACCGCGCAGUGGAUCUGCGGAGGCCGGUGCUGCAUGAGCUCCUGACACACGUCAGGCUCCCCUUGCUGCACCCAAACUACUUUGUUCAGACUGUGGAAGUGGACCAGCUGAUCCAGAACUCCCCAGAGUGCUAUCAGCUGCUGCAUGAAGCCAGGAGAUACCAUAUCCUUGGGAAUGAGAUGAUGUCUCCUAGAACUAGGCCACGCAGAUCAACUGGUUAUUCUGAGGUGAUAGUUGUUGUUGGAGGCUGUGAACGAGUUGGAGGGUUUAAUUUGCCAUAUACUGAGUGCUAUGAUCCUGUCACAGGAGAGUGGAAAUCCCUGGCUAAACUUCCUGAGUUUACCAAGUCUGAGUAUGCAGUGUGUGCCCUGCGGAAUGAUAUUCUUGUUUCAGGUGGAAGAAUCAAUAGCCGGGAUGUUUGGAUUUAUAACUCUCAGCUGAAUAUCUGGAUCAGAGUGGCCUCCUUAAAUAAAGGCAGAUGGCGCCAUAAAAUGGCUGUUCUUCUUGGUAAAGUGUAUGUUGUUGGGGGGUACGAUGGGCAGAACCGCCUCAGCAGUGUCGAGUGUUACGAUUCGUUUUCCAACCGAUGGACAGAGGUGGCUCCCCUUAAAGAAGCUGUGAGUUCUCCAGCAGUCACCAGCUGUGUUGGCAAAUUGUUUGUCAUUGGUGGUGGCCCUGAUGACAACACGUGUUCUGACAAGGUUCAGUCUUACGAUCCCGAUACCAACUCCUGGUUGCUCCGUGCAACCAUCCCCAUUGCAAAGAGAUGUAUCACAGCUGUGUCUCUGAACAACCUCAUCUAUGUUGCUGGUGGGCUCACAAAAGCAAUAUACUGCUAUGAUCCAGCUGAGGACUACUGGAUGCAUGUACAGAACACAUUUAGCAGACAGGAGAAUUGUGGCAUGUCUGUGUGUAAUGGCAAGAUCUAUAUCCUUGGUGGAAGAAGAGAAAAUGGUGAAGCCACAGACACUAUCCUCUGCUAUGACCCUGCCACGGGCAUUAUCACAGGAGUAGCAGCCAUGCCCAGGCCAGUAUCCUAUCAUGGCUGUGUGACCAUUCAUAGAUAUAAUGAAAAAGGCUUUAAACUGUAGUCUUUGCCUUGAAAAAACAGAAGAUGGCAUGACUGAAUCCAGUGGUCUGCUGCAAGACAGGCUUUUUAAAGAUUCCUGAAGUGGGAAAAUGCUCUUUCCUUACCAAAGUGUCAUAUGAAAAUUUUAUCCUGUGCCUUUAAAGGGUUAAUUUAACUUACAAAACAAGUCUACAAAUCUAUCCAGUAACCAGAGUUCAGUUAUAUCUGCUGUGGGCUCUGGUGUGAGAGCAGUAAUUGUACAUUUUACCAAUGUUCAGAAAGUUUGCCCUGUGUGUGGUUGGCAGUGAAAACCUUGGAAGCUUUUUGGGGAAAGUGCCUUCACAAGCAUAUGUGCCUGUCCCCUAAGAAGUGAUAUCUGCAAGAUGUUUAAGGUUCUGCUAACUGGAAGAAUAUAUAAUUAAGUAAAUUCCAAAGAGUCAUCUAUGAUAAUUGCCUACAAAUUAAAAAAGCUUAUAUAUUUCAUAUGCACAGCAUUCUUAUAAGCAGAUUAGUGGCUUAACCAAGUAGAUCAUGUACCAUUUGGAAUUACAACGAACAAAAGCCAAGCAAACAACACAAGCUACAUAGAACAAGUAUUGAAAUCUUUGAGGAGUACUUUUUUGAUGGAGAAACUGUUUAAUGAGCUACUGCAGCACCCUGCAGUAACAAUGCUGUGCCUUAGCACUAUGGACCUUAAAAUGUGUUGCUAAAUGUUCAUCAGAUGUACAAGGCCACGUGAUAUGGAGAAGUAGUGACCACUGGGGUGUAGGCACACAUCUAUGAAGCAAAUCCUGAAUCCCAGUUCUUCUUGAAUAGUAUAGCUGAAGUCUGAAACUCACUGGGUUUUCUCCUUGCUCACUGCAAAAUAUCUUUAUACUACUCAAGGAAUAAAGGAUGAAGAACUUGGGAUUCUUCCAAUUUUCUGUAUCACACUAUAUAUAAAUUACCUGAUAACAGAGGCAGGGACUCAGGUUGUACCCUAUGGCAUAUAAAUUGAUCUUUUGGAUAUCUCAUCUGCAAACAUGGUAGAGUACCUGCUAAGUGUUUCUUGUCCUGUCUUCAGACAAUCACUUGCUGUAGCACAGUUAAACUGCUGUAUAAGCUGCUUGGCCACAGAUAAAGAAGUUCUGGAAAGGUCCCUCCUGUCACCAGGAACAUAUCUGUGGACCUGUCCACAUAGCCAUAUGAGGUAACUCUCACAUAACAUGUUCUGGAUAAUUUUGAAGCCUAGGAAGUGCUUCUAUUUUGACCUUUAUUAUUAUUAUGAUUAUUACUAUUUUAGUAAAGGUAUUUUUUCAAGUCCUCCCUAGAUUUCUGUACUAGGUCUCUAUCUCUACAGUACCACAGUUAUAUAGUUGAGGCACAAGUUCAUAAAAACUGACAUAGCACUUGAGAUUUAGAAAAUGAAUAGGAUUUUUUGUGUGCCAAUUUCCUGUUAAUCACCAAAAACCUUAGGAACUGCCUUUCAAAGGAAUUCUGAGGACAGCAGCCAGUAGGGAAGUUGGUCAGUGCCAGGGCAGAAAAAAAACUUGAGGCUUCUGCACAGACAACCUUGGCCUUGGGGUUCCGACCUCCCUGCUUGCUCAGGAGGGUGAGAACAAGCACCAUCUCUGGAAUGUCAUUGGUUCCACUGGACUCUCUUCAUCUCUUUUCCCAGAAUAUUUGUUGAUGAGAUGGAAAUUCUGACCCUCAGUGAAGCUGUGCCAAACUGGGAGUCAUCAUUUUCAUUAACAUCUGGUCAUGGCUUUUGAAGAGCACCAGCAGCUGCACCUUGUGGUGCAUUCACUGUAACCUCAGGAAGGGACACAAAUUUCACUUUCUGGCUGAAUACCAAACACUGCUUCGUGUAUCUUAAAAAUACUGUUAAAAUAACAAUUCUCUGUAUAUCAGUGGUGUCAUUAGGAACUAAGUCCCUGAGCCUGUACCUUCACAUUGCCCUAAAAAGAAAGUCCCUUGGUAAUGCAACACAAAUGAAUCAGAUAAAUCGAUCCUUUUCUAAGUUUCUUGUGUUUCUCCUCACCAUUUGUUACUUUGAAAAGGUAAUUUCAGUACCUGUGAAUUAGGUCUGCUGAUAGCAAUGGUUUUUGCCCAGUAACUGAUACUGUAUAUUAAGUGUUUAUAGCUUAUACCAUUAUUGUAAAAGAAAAUGUACAAAAUUGUAGCAGCACUCCAUUAGAGAUGCAAUUUGAAAAAUCUUCUCCUUUCCUUUGAUUUCCAUCUUGUUUGUAUUAAGACUUGUAAUGUUGACUGUCAUGCCAAACUGUUCCUAAACAUUUUUUAUUCUGCACCUGUAGGUGCAGGACAAUGUCAUUUAUGUAUAGGUAUCUUUUAAUCCGUGUUUGUAAUACUGUUCUACUCUGUAAAUAACAAGAUACUGCUUUUUAUGGUUUUGAAGAUUUUAUUUUACAGUUGUCUUUUAUUACCAAUUUAUGUACUAUUAAUGUUACCUAUUAUUUUGAAAAUGACAGUGUUUAAUGAACCAGUAAAUGCUGAAAUGUAGAUGCAGAAGAAAACUUCUGCUUACAGUUCUUGAGAACCUGUAUUCAGUGCUGAACAGUUACACAGGUGGAGCAUUUUUAAAAUGGCAGUUAUUAAUGCAAUUAUUUCCUUAAAUCAAUCACUGAUUACUUUCUAAAAUAUUUUUGUGUGCUUGUUAACUCUAAAUAAUUUGCACUUGUGGCCUACUUUGGUAGAACUAGAAAAAUAACAAUUCAACUUCGGUUUAUCGAAAAACUUACCAUUUUUCCAUAAGGUUGCAUUAAUAUGGAAGUUGUAUUCCUGAGCCACCUGUUCCCCAAUGCAUUUCACUGAGGUAUAUAUGAAUCCAGAGAUUUAAAUUCUUAUUGCCCUGCUUAUCCAGCUGCUUGAAGUUCAUGGGCUUGAGCAGAACGUUGGACUUUUUUGUCUCAGCUAGGAGAGAAAAUAGAAAAUAUUUCCAUCAUAAAUGGUACUAGGGGUGGUAGCUCUGCACAACAAUGUCCCUUCACUCUAACCAUACAGGGGAAGAAGGCUCAAGUAUCUCCAAAGUCACACCUAAAAAAAUACAUUUUAAGAGUUUUCUAGUAUUUCACUCCACUAAACAGAUAAUUGCAUUUUAAGCUUUUCACUCCUAAAAGAAAUGAGACUGAAUGUUUUCCUUCUCCAUUUGGGUGUUUACUUCAUGAGCUACAUCCUUCUUUUCUGCUAAGAAAAUUGUGACCUUAAUUUGAAAGAAAUUUGCUUCCUUGGAGCCUGGCUUCCAGAAGGUUCUGAAUAGAACUUGUGGUGCAGCCUGUAGCCUUCCCCUUCUAGAUGCACAACGCAUUCCCUCAUUUUACCACCAUCAAGCAGGUGACAUGGCCUGGUAGUCACUUAGUCUUACCUGAGGCUGCCUUCUUAGUGAUGCUGAAAUAGGCAGAGUUUCUGGCACCUCUUUCAUUUGUAUCAUCAGAUGAUUAAUUUCAAGCCAUGUGCCUGGUAUGCAUUUUGAGGUUCUGGCACUGUGCUUUCCACCAAGGAUUGAGAGUUGUACUGCUGUUUUUUUUAUUAUUACUGUUAAUUGGCACUGAUGCAGUUCUCAUCGAAGGCUGCUUUUGUUUCAGCUCUCUGAAGCACAGGUAUCUUUAUGCAGAUUAUGUUGAUAUAUACCCUUUAUCAUAGAUCGCUUGAGCUUCCUAAAUAGUAUUUUUAAGACCGUAAAUUUUUGAGAGAAGCUGACACUGUAGGAAGAGGAGGUGCCCACCUUGACAGAGGUUUGGAAGAAGCUUUGAGCACCUGCUUUCUGGUUGCCUGUGCUUGAGAGCAAGGCCACUGCUUGACUGCUCCUCCUCCUUCAAAAUAGUUGAGUUUACCACAUUACCUUGGAUAAUUACUCAAUUUGUCCUGCUUUUGUUUUAUUUGAGCAGCAAAGACAAAACAAGCAGCACUCCCACUCCCUGUAACUUCAAGUUUCCCUUCUGCCCCAGGCUUGGUGGUGUAGUGGAACAGUCACCCUCAGCAGGCAGGCAGAGCUAUCAACUUAGUCCAGCUCCAGAAACAAGAGAAACUCCUGGAGAGGGUGAGGGACAGCAGAAGGAAGCACAGGAUGUUUAGUGUUGGUGAAUUUGGUUGGGCUUGCUGAAGCCCAAGACAUUCUGGAUGCUCCUAAGUUUGGAGCUCCAACUGCUGACACUCAGGUGAUGAAUAUAUUUCACAUUUGUCAACUCACUGCACUUUGAGGGAUAAGGAUGAAUAUAUUGUCAUAGUCUUACAGUGCUCAGGAAAACCAAAGGUUCAUUUUUCCUUAUUGCCUACCUAGGCAAGUAUGGAUGUUUUUAUUUCCUACCACUGAAGAUGGCAAAAGCCAGUUCAAGACCAUUAAGAUACUCAGAAUUCUGACUUGAUUACUCUAGGCAGAAUGAAUGUUUUCAUCUGAAUGCAGUCUUAUACACACAAGAAAGUAGAGAUGAAAUGGUUCAUUGUGCCUUGUUAAAAAAAUCUGAGCAACCUAUACUCAGAAAAUCACAUCUGUCUACAGAUCAGUCUACAAGAUAGAUGAGAUUUUUAAGCAGAAAUUUGCUGUCUGGUUGGGGGCCAAGCAGUGAUUUGUCUAUCACAAAAGUUUCCUCAGUGUUGAAUGACUUCAGGUGGCAUUAAUAAAAAUGGAUGUCACUGCCAAUUUAUCAUGAUUGUGUCAAUGCUGUGAAAAUUGCCAAAAAACAGCAAGCAGCCUCCUGCCAACCCCAAACCAGAUUUGUGAAUCAGCUGUUCUCUGCAUGCUGGCCCUGUGUCAGCUGUCUUCCAUAACUGAUGUUACUUGUAACUUAAUGUUACUCAAAUAUAUGGCCCUGAAAACAUUACAGCCCCAGAGCACUAUUUGCAGGAACAUUUCUUUUUCCUGUGGUAGUUCUCCAGUCUGUGCCUGUGUCUUUAUGUGGGCAAGUCCAUGAGUGUGAGUGAUUCUGUGAUCAUUUUCUGAUUGUGCUGUUGCAAGUAAUGCACAGAAAAGCCCCUGGGUGCAGCAUGUUGAUGAUGUAAUUAUGGCUUUGUAUUACUAGAUCCAAAGAAAAUAAUGUGCUUAAAUUUUGAAAAUACUUGUGCCUUGAAUUCACCUAUAUUUUUAUCUGUUGUGAAAAAGAGCUUGGAUUACUUCUACAAGCUUGUUAUCUCUGUUAAGAUUGAUCUUACUGUCCAGGCUGUGGAUGUCCUUGUAAGAGAAGUAAGUCUUGCCACUCAUUAACUAGAAUAAUGAAACCUCUUGUUUAGAAUAUGCCUAGAAUGCUUCCAGUAUUACAAUUCUAUGGCAGAGUUAAUCUAGGGAAAUCAGUAUUUGUUUUUUCCUAUUUUCUGUUUCCAUCUCUCUGCAGCGCCAAAGGCUUUGAGUUUUAGCCUUUGACUUCCUGCCCUAAACAUUUACAGUUUCUUCUUUUAGCCUCUGUGAUACUUCUGAAUGCUUGGACUUGUCAUUUAUGAACCUCUUCUUCAAUAUAUUGAAUAUGAAGCAGUAAUGCAGCGCAGCAUCGCAAUAAGCAAAUCAAGAGACUUGAAUGUAUUGUAUUUUUACUAAUUUCAUGUGUUAAUGCUGGACCUAUGAGUUAUUCUCCUUUUGGUGUACCUGUAGCAAUUGGGAGUCAGAUUAAUAGAAGCUGCUUUGCCAUGGAAAGGGAGUUUACCUCCUGGACUGUUUUUCAUAUGAUAUUUUAUCUCCACCUGAAAUAAUGUUACAAUUUUCCCUUUUUUUGCUGAGGAAAACAGCAGUUCAUAGCAUAUUCCUUGCCAGUUUCUUUUAUUUACUGAAACAUAAAGGGUGUAGUUCCAUGAGGAGCUGAUCUUUUCAUCAAGAACAACCUGGUGCAGCACAAGUGAUGUUUGAACAGAAGUGCAGACCACUUACUGUGUGCCAGAGUCAGUGUAACAUUAUCUCACAUAUAACAUUAAGGUCUUCAGAUAGUGCUGACAGUAGAAAAAUGAUUUUGUAAUGUAGCACAAUUGCAAUAACACCUGUUAUAUUUAAAUAUAUUUCUUGCAUAAUUCUUUGAAAGUUUUUUAAAGUUCAGUGUACCGAAUAAACAUUUGCCUUUUGACUA